GGUCUAGGAUAUUUUAUGGAAGCUGGUAUGAUUUAAUGAUUGUGGUCUGACAUAAUAUUAGAUUAAGCCAAAAUCUUUUCGGAAAAGUAGGGUACAGGAAAAUCUAAUAAUUCUGAUUAGACAAACUGAACAAGUAGGAGAGGAAUGAGAAAACCCAAAAGCCGAUUACCUGCUUCAUAAUCACAACCGAAAACCUAUUUCAUAGUUUUCAGUUUUCGAACUUUGAGACCCUCUCUCUCUCUCUCUCUCUCUCUCUCUCUCUUUGUCCUAUUCUUUUCUGUUAUCUAGGCGUUUACAGUUUCACGAGUCACGACCAAUAUAAUAAACGAAAGAAAGAAAAGAUGAGCGCGAGUAGUUCCACUAUAAUUUCAAUCAGAGAGGCUCGACAGAAGCGCCUAAAAAAGAAAGCUAAUCUUGCUGGCAUUGUCACCGAGUUCAGCUUUCCCAGAAAGAGUGCUGGCACUGACUACGUUUCAAUACUGAAAAUUGUGGAUGAAUCUGAAAUGCACGAGGAGUUAUCAGUUCAUAUGUUCUCUGACAGAAUUGAGGACCUUCCGCUGGUUCAGUCGUAUAAGGACUUCAUUAUUCUGUACCAUGUCAUGAUUAAGGAGUAUGAGAAUAGGCCAUGUGCAAUUUGUAAUAAACAGUACUCAUCGUAUGCUCUGUUCGAUGUCAAUUCAAAUACACCAAAUUAUACCCCAUAUCAAGCUUCUCGUGGAUUUGUUCUUCUAGAACAGGACACCGGUUACGUUCCACGUAUGUGGCAAGUUUCCCGCUACCAUGAUAUGGGUGCAGGAAACAGUGAAUAUAUUGUUUCGAUGAAAAAUCUCGCAGCUAAUCAACAUUUUGAUCUUAUAUGUAAGGUUCUGCAUGUCCAAGAAGCUUCGAGGAAUAGAUGGAUGUUCUUUGUUUGGGAUGGAAAUGAUGCCCCUCCAUUAAGCUUGGACACAAAAUAUAAGGAUUCAGAAAUUCCGUUGGGAAUAGAACCUGUUCCUCUUGCUAGGCACAUCAUUUGUCAAUUUCCUUGUGUUGGAACUGUCUUAAGGGUGACUGUUGAUCAAGGGCUUAAAGAUAUUGGUUUACACUUCAAAGGCAUUGGUAAAUGGGUUAAGUUUCGUAACAUUAGAUGUGAAGAGCAUUCUGGACUGUGGCACGGCCUAUUUCUUCCAUCUUCUAGAAUUAGGUUUCUUUCUGAAAAUGAUGACAGUGUCUUACAAUGUAAGAGGACAAUUGAUGAGCGUGAAACAAUGGAAGAAGGUUUUUUGCCUACAUGGAGUACUCCUCUUCCCAACUUAACUGUGGUAGACUAUCCUAGUCUUCCGACUUCAACAUUGAUGGAUUUCCUUACUAAUUCGGAGGAGGUGGCUAUUGCUGGUAGAUGUAUUGUUCGAGUGGUAGCAAUAUGUCCAUCAGUGAGAGAGAUUUGUCAGCUAGUUGGGUCUACUGAACAGAAGAUCAGACUGACUCUAGAGGAUCCGACAGCAAGAAUACAUGCACAUUUAUGUGGUCGUGAAUUGACAAGGUUUUCCACAUGUUGUUUGUCGUUGGAUGUUCUAGCGAGCAAGAUGAAUGAAUUGCUUGGAGUGCCUGCAAAUUGUGAAGAAGAAGAUAAUGCUGCUAGGAAACCACCAUGGAUAGAGUGUUGUUUAAAGAUGACUUCUUCACGAGAAUUUUUCUUCUGUGGAACACGAUUAGUGGUACAGUAAUAUGUAUCUUUCCAUAAGUAUAGAUAUCAGGAGCACCUUUAAAAGAUCCAAGAAAGUGUCAUAAUCAUAGGGCUGUACAGCAUCUUUGUAUAUAUCUAAUAUGUUUUGUGUCUUUCAUGUACAUUGCCAAGGCAAAAGAAGAAUAUAUUCAUUUUUAUUUC